AUAGUCAAUUUUGUAGAGCAAUCGAGAUUGUAUGUGAAAUUCGUUGUCGUUUUAUUUUUGUUAGUUUUCGCUAAUAUUUAGUCAAUAAUACGUUUUGUAGUGAAAAAAAUAAAUAAAACAAAAUGUAUUUUGAGUGAGUGAAAUGGCUUUUCGGGACUUUAUGGAGUUGAAGUCUUGGCUGCAAUAUUUUGAUCACUGAACGUGAAGGACAAGAAAGGAUCACCAUGGAAAAUAAACAAAUGCAGGACAAGUGGAAGGCUUUGGCUACCAUUAAAUCUUUUGAUUUAGGGAUAACUCAAAACAGUAGCCACCAGCCAGUUUUUCAUCAGAGCUUAGAGCAGAUCGAAGUAAUCAAUUCUGCGGCAACCACCCCCAUCAGUCUACUCGUCCAAUCCCUCGUCAAACAACUAUGUUCACUCUUGGAGAAAGACAACAUCAGAGCCAACCAACUCUACAACACAAUAUGCGAAAAGUUACACAGCAUGAACCUCAUAGAUGACUCCUAUGCCAUGGGAGAAUUUGAAGCAAUGAGGAGCCAAUACCAACGUGCCUUAUACCAACUCGUCGCUGUCGCCAGUGGCUCCGAAAUUCCCAUCACUCUCCCAGCAACCUGGCCCAUAGUCCAACCAUCAGGCCUCGAGUGGUCCAGAUACCAUCGCGAAUUCGAAGAACUGUUCUUCAUAGCUGGUGGGGGCUUUGGAAGCGUUUUCAAAGCCAAACACAGAUUGGAUGGUGUUGAAUAUGCUGUCAAAAAGGUCUAUAUAAAAUCAUCAGACGUUGAUUCCAUUAUGACACAUUUGGCAGAAGUAAAAACUAUCGCCAGUCUCAAUCACCCCAACAUAGUGAAUUAUAAAGCGGCUUGGCUGGAACCAAUGAUAGAAUCCACUGUGAAGAAGAAGCGAAAAUUCAAAAUGGACACAGACAGCGAAGAUUUUAGUAUUAACUCAAACUUAAUAUCAUCUGCUCAUCCAAACAUAAUAACAUCUUUCAAAACGCACAACUCUAAAGAGCUGAUUAACCAUGAAAGUUUGUCGGACUUUGUCAUUUCAUUCCAAAACUCUAACAGUUAUACAAGUUCUAAAGAAGACCUGGAAGAGUCUGAGUUUAUAUCGGACGAAGAAACCCCAUCGCCACAAGAUGACAAUGCCGUAUGCAACUUAUUCUCGAGCAAGGAGUUCGAGAACUGCUCUCGAGUGAACCUGAAAUGGGCGACCUUGUACAUUCAGAUGACAUUCUGCCAACAGACGCUAAAACAGUGGUUAGAUGAUAGAAACCAGCAUAUGACUGCCAGUAGGAAAGGGUCUGAGGAUAUAACUCUGCAUCACUGCGAUUCAUCGGAGUCUGCGUGCCUUGAAUCUCACGAUAUGACUUAUCCAGUGGCUUGGACGCAUAUUGAUGUUCUGAUAGACAUGUUCACGCAGUUGGUGAAGGGAUUGCACUACAUACAUUCUAGAGGGAUCAUCCAUCAUGAUAUAAAGCCUAGUAAUGUGUUUGUGGCUCAGAGUGAGGGUGGUGUGACCGUCCAGCUGGGUGAUUUUGGAUUGGCUUGUCCAUUACAGCAGUCUCACAGCGGUUUGGCUUUGGGAACUCAUUUAUACGCCGCGCCGGAGCAGUUGGACGGCCAGUGUAAUCCUAAGAGCGACAUGUACAGCCUGGGUAUCAUUCUCCUGGAGAUGGUGGAGCCCUUCAGCACAGACAUGGAGCGCGUGAAAACCAUCACAGACCUUCGGAAAGGCCAGAUACCAGCACAUUUGACCGCCAACUAUCCCAAGAUAGCACAUAUUAUAGGCAAACUGGUCCAAAGGAGACCAGCAAAAAGACUUGAUACUGCCCAACUAUUGGAAGAACUGAAGAAUUUAGCUGAAAAUAAGGAUGAUACUAUUAAGAAUUUAAGAGAAGAAUUAGCGGCAAAAGACGAUGAGAUUGCCCAGUUGAAACUAAUGCUGGCCAAGUUCAAUUAUAAGUCUUGAAGGCCAUGUGGGUACCAUUGUUCAUAAAUCUCAUUACAAAUUGUGAAAAAAGAAUGUUAAAAAUAAACUUAAAAAAAAUGGCAAAAUGUAAUAUUUCUU